AUGCACAUGAUCCUCGGCCUAACCCUGAUGCACGACUCUGCUCUUGCCCACACUUCCACCCGAUCUCUCUCUCUCCAAAACGCAUCGCUGCGCCACUGGUCCCACGCCACAACGCAGUACCAGCGUCUCCUCUCCGGUCCCAUACCUCCAUCCCAACGCGACGCCAUUUGGGCCACGGGCGUCCACCUCGGCGCUGCUUCCUUCUGGUACCUUGAGUCAGACGACCCCCACGCAGUCUGGCCGCUGAAGCCUUCCGAGCCGGGUGACCUCGCUUGGAUGAAGAUAGGAGAAGGCAAACGACAUCUCUGGCGUAUAGCAGAUCCUACGAGGGAGGACAGUGUAUUCAACCGUAUUCUAAAGAAGAAGACAGGCCCAUGCCCUACGCCACCCGAAUGGAUGGUGAGUAACGACACCAGUCUCGUGCCUGAGAAAGUCAGACUGGUCUUUGGUGUCACGGAAGAGUCUAAUAGGGAUAACAACGUCUACCAUUUCCCUGUCCUCAUCCUUUCGCGGAUCCAGCAUCUACGCUUGUCGCAUGGCAAUGUAUUGGAUUUCCUAUACUUCACCGCGUUUCUCACGCCCGAAUUCUUGGCCUUGCUAGAACAAAAAGACCCUAAGGCUGUGUUUCUUUUGGGUUGGUGGUUUAGCAUGUGUCGCGAUGGCACGCUUUGGUGGGUGACGAGACGAGCGAGGGUCGAAGGAGAGGCUGUGCGGAUUUGGUUGGGCAGAACGGAUAAGCGUCUUCUCGACUUGUUGGAGGAGCUGAGUAAGAGGAGGGUAAAUGUUUUGGAAGAGAGGUUCUGGGUAAUGGAACGGGUUGUGGAUGAGGAUGGCUUCGAGACUAAUUGGGCGUUGGAUUCUAGAGGUAGGAUAUUGACGGUGGCUAAUUGA